AUGCUGGACCCUUUCCCUCCACCGCCUGGGUGGCUCAGGGACUUGGUGACCCCCUGGGCAGUCUAUUUCAAUCUGCAUUCGUUGCCGAACCACAUCCAUGAGAUUCUGGCUGCUUUCGCCUUCUACCAAUUCGUCCACUCGUAUCUUUCUCCACGAUUGUCGGCGGCGCUUUUUCCCCGGUUCUAUCCAAAUUUUCCGCGUCGUACGCAGCUUAACUGGGACGUCCACGUGGUCUCUCUGCUCCAAAGCACGCUGAUCAACUUGACUGCGCUAUGGGUCAUGUUUGCGGACCGCGAGCGGAAAGGCAUGACUGCGGAAGAGCGUGUGUAUGGAUAUACUGGUGCCUGCGGUCUGGUGCAGGCAUUGGCGACGGGUUAUUUCUUAUACGAUCUCAUCGUGAGCACCGUAUAUGUCAAGAUGUUCGGGGUGGGCAUGCUUUUCCAUGCCAUUAGUGCACUGUGGGUGUUUGCACUUGGCCCAUUCCUCAACAUCCAUUGGUUCUUGGACAAAGUCAACAUGACGGGCAGCAAGGCACAGUGGUAUAAUGGAAUAACGCUGCUGGUCGUUUUCUUCUGUUGCCGCUUGGUCUGGGGCACCUGGCAGUCUGCCCUCGUCUAUAUCGACAUGUGGAAAGCGGUGAAACAAACCUGGACUGCACCUCUCUCAUCCGUUUUGGACCCAGUCAACACCAACGCUACAGUGUUUCAGGAGCGAGACGGGAUUCUCUGUGUCGAUGAAGCAUGUGCCAGAGCAAAUGCGGAGAUCUCUUACUUUGCUCACCGGGCCGCAGGUGGCGUUCCGAUAUGGUUGGUCUUGACAUAUGUCGCCUCCAAUCUCAUCCUCAACGGACUCAACUAUUACUGGUUCUCACAGAUGAUAGAGGCGGUAAUGAAGCGCUUCCGGGAGCCCGCUAUCCCGGCCAAGAAAGAGAAGGAACCCGGUAUUACCAAGGUGGAGGUUCAGCCAGAUAUUGUGCUCGAUGCGGCUGGGAAAUUGAGAAAAGAGGAAGGUUACUUCGAGACCGGCGACGGAGCGGAGGAAAAUAAGACAUCUGCCGUCGACGCCUUCGGCAGCGAGACUCUGAGAAAGAGGAUAUAG